UUUUUAUCACCACGAACAGGGAUCGUAAACAAGAAGCCUUCACGCUACCGCAUGGCUGACGAUGACGUCAACAGGUGGCAUCACUACAUCCUGGACAUUACAGACUAUGCCAAGACUUCGUUGUGUCGCAUCCUGGUCACACCUCGCGUAUAUUCAAACUUGAUUCCCUAUGAUCCUACAAAACUGGGUGGUCCAUGGUACUGGGACCUGGUGAAUGACGAGCAUUACUGCUUGCAAAGAGUGUUAGGUUACGAUGGCGAGGAGCGCCCUUUUGUGACUGAGUUUUGGCGGGAAUCUGACUUCAUUGGUUUGUCUGUCCCAGGCCCCGACUGGAGCGUGAUACAUGACGUCGGUAAGGGUUUUAUAAAGUUUUAAUAAAACACUUUUCGUGUAACUAAUUUGAGGGAAAAUGCCGGGGAGGUAUGUUUUCCCGCCAAUUUUAGCUAUUUGGGUAAAUAAGUGCAUUAUUGUUACAAGAAGUAGAUUGGCUGUCACGUCUACAAUCCACCUGUCGUGAUUCCGCUGCCGGCUGUUCUUUUUUUCUGCCUCAAUGAUGAAAAUGAAGAGUUUUAGGGUCGUAUCUCUUGAUUAGGAAGCAACAGAUAUUCGAUAUCCGCCUAGUAUAGAUUUGGCAAGCACUAAUUACCAGGUUCACAAACGAGGUUCACAAACGAGGUCUGAAUUUCCGCCCAGGUUGUCUCCCGUAGGCCAGGGCAGAGAAAUAAAUCAUCAGCUGUGUUAGAUUCGCAUUAAACGCUAUUCGGUUGACAGUCGUAAAACCAAAAGGGAACAAGUUUCGACGGAAAGAAGAGAUAUCACAAGGAGCUAGUCAGAUAUCAAAGUAAAAAAAGCAGCAAUCUCUUCAUAGGCGAGAAAAAUUGAGAGAUUAGUAUGCGAUUGUUUUCAGUUUUGCGCCUGAUUGGUUAAGAGAAUGGACCAAUCAGAAAGCAAAGAAAUGCAAAACCAACGCAAUCCCGGAUCUCUUUCGACACUCCAUAAAAAUUGCUGUAAAAGUUAAACACAUUUUUAACAUUUCAGAGUUCAUCCGCUCCGCGACGUCUUGUGCCAGUAAAGGAGAAAUCGAAGACGCUGAGCUACUUGUCUUGUCCUGGGUUCAGAGCCAAUCAGAAAAAUUCAUCAGAAGCUUAAGUGGCAUCGAAGGAUUGGGACAGAGUCGCUUGCAACGAGCCUUGCGUGAUACUCUGAAGGAGCUUCCCUCUAUUUCAAAGAAAUUUGAUCAUUCCUGCGAGCCUAACACUAUUUAUGUCCAUAACGAUGCUGUGGCAACGCUCGCACAUUCACCCCCACGGGAGAGUUUUUGUCGCGAGGUGGGAAUCUCGGGUAGUUUAGUUUUUGUCAAAGCUUGUCUCGGUUUACUGUGCCAAAGUCAGAAUUUGAACGAUUUGAGAGAGUACCUUGUUGGUAACCCUGUGAGUCUGCAAGCUCUCUUUCAGUGGUUAUUGGAUUAA